AUGGGGGGGAGUAUAACCCCUGUGGGAGUGGAUGAGGCGGACGGGGAGGGAGUGCGGUAUGAAGUGGUGGGAGGUGGGUUUUACGGGGUGGAUGGGGAUGAGACGGGGAGUGAGAGCGGGAGGGACACUCCUGGGUCCGCUCGUGCUGGUCUGGAAGGGCUUGGUUGGCGCGCUGGUGGAGGGGAUAAGGAGCGCCGGGGCGAAGGUGCGGAGGGAGAGCCAGCAGGCAGUGCCAGUGGUGGGCUGGGAGAGGAGCGGUGGGAGCGUGGGGCAAGGGCAGGGCGGAUGGGAGAAGGUGGGAGGGUUGGGAGGGACGGGCUGGUUGCGAGCGGAUGUGGAAGGAAGAGAGGGGGCCACGGGGAGCAGCGCAGUAUGGCAGCAUGCGGGCCCCGGCAGGGUGUGGUGGUCGCACGGGGCAGCCUGGAGCAGCGAAUGGAGGCUGUCUGCGCCGCUGAGGCCCUCACUGUGCUCGCCAACACCCGCUUCCGCGCCCUCUGGACCCUCCGCCCCCGCCCCCGCUUCUUCCCCAAACGCUCCCACAGCCUCCCCCAAAGCCGGAACGCGGGGGGGGUGCUUGGGGGAGGGCGGCAGCAGCGUAGGCUAUUAGAGGAGAUGAGCACAGGAGAAGAGGAACUGAGGAGGCUGAGAGAGGCCAGACGGCGGAGAAUGAGGAGGAGGAUGAGGAGAGGUGUGGGAGGAGGUGUGGGGGGAGGUGUGGGGGGAGGUGUGAGGGGAGGAGAGGGGGAGGGACAGAAGGGGGAGGCGGGGAUGGGGGGGGCGGAAGGGGGUAUGGCGGGGGAGGUGGGGAUGGUGCGGUUUGAGGACCUGUUUGAUGUUCGCAUGCCUGUAGACGUGCAGGAGAACGCUACUGAGUUCCUGCUACGACAUGUUGUGGCUGGGGAGAAGCUGAUGCGUAGAGAGAUAUCCUUCAUUCGCUGCCCCGAGCCGUCAGCCGGCAGGGUGGCAUCAGGAGCAGAGCUGCUGAGAGUGGCACCCGACGUGCGCCGCUACGCCCAGGAGGUCUCUCGCAUGCGCCAAGCCACUGGCUGGACUCCCCAGCAGGAGGGCAUUUCCCAGGAAAUGAAUUCCCAAGGGUGGGAUUCCCAGGGUUCCGCCAGCAGCAACAGCACUAGGGUGGAGAGCGAUGCAGACCGGUAUGGGCACUGGACGGCGCGGCUGCAGCUGUACACUGUGCGGGGGCUAGUGCUGCCGGACUUUGCCGACCGGCGCGUGGCGUGCCGGUACGAGGAGGAGGUGCGGGUGUGCCUGGGGAAGCUACAGCCGUCCGAUGCCGUCCUCUCUCUGAUUCGCCAGGAGGAGGAGCAGGAGGGUGGAGAGGGGGAGGAGGAGAGGGAGAAGAGGGAAGGGGCGGGUGAUGGGGAGAAUGGAAGUGAGGGGAGGGAGGACGAGGAGGGUUCACGAGGGCGAGGAGUGGGGGAGAGGCGGGAUGGCAGCAGCAUUGGAGAGAUUGUUGCUCGGAGCACAGCAGUGUAUCUGGAGGCAGCUCGUGCCCUCUCCCCUGCUGGCUGCCUUCCUCCUGACAUCUUAACACCAGCUUCUCCAGACGGUAGGGAAUGGAGAGUGACAGCCUCUCCUGACAUCCUGGCAAUGCAAUCUGGCAGCCUCUCCUUGACGUUUGGCAUGUUUCCUCCUCCCUCCCUCCCUCUUCCAACCCUCCUCUCCCCACUCCAGCCCACUCCCCCCUGGACGCUUCCCCAGGCCCGUGCGUUGCCCUGUGCGGGCUGUCCGCCUGCUGACCUCCUCAACUGCACCAUCCGCCGCAUCGCAUACCACUACAUGCGCACGCACGCCCCUUCUCCUUCCUCUGACUCGUCCUCCUCCGCUUCCUCCCGUGCCCUGCCUGACUUCCUGAUCGGCGCGUACUGGCCAUCGGAUGCUGAGACGCUCAUCUCAGCCUUCCAUCCGCUUCGUCGGCCGUACCUCCUCAGGCUGACACGUCGGCGCCAGGUGGCAUGCCCAUCACCACCCCCUCUCGCCCUGCGCCCGGAGCGGGGAUCAUUGAGAUCUGAGGAGCAGAUGGGGAUGAGAGGAAUCAAGUACAGGCGGGUGGGAUGGCGAACGCAGGGGGCAGCAAGAGGAGGAACGCAAGGAGGAGGCAGUGGGGGAACACAGGGCGCACAGGCCGCACAGGCCGCACAGGCCGCACAGGGCGGACAGGGCGGACAGGGCGCACCGGGAGGACAGGGAGGACAGGGAGGACAGCAGCAGGAAUCUCUAGCACAGCUGUCCCAGCAGCAGCAGGUGCGGUUUGUUGACCCACCGAGAGCAGCAGGACAGGGCGUGGCUCUAGACCUACGAGUGGUCAGUGCAGUGGGCACGGGUACCCAGGGCACUGGCGGAGGCUGGCAGGGAGCGGGCGGGCAGGGGGCGGGUGCACAGGGAGGGGACGGGCAGGGAGGGGGCAGUCAGGGAAGGGACGGGCAAGGCGGGGGCGGGCAGAAGGGGCAGUACUGGGCGAUGAAGCAGCGGCUGAAGCAGCUGGCGCAGGAGAGGCAGAAAGCCCUUGAGAGAGAUAGAUCAGGGGGCGCUCUUGGGGCCUCUGGCAGUGCCGUGCAGGGAGGUUUUGCGCAGGGUGGGGGAGGGGAGGGAGGGGGCGGGGAGGGAGGAAACGGGCAGAAGGGGCAGUACUGGGCGAUGAAGCAGCGGCUGAAGCAGCUGGCGCAGGAGAGGCAGCGGAGGAGGGGCGCCCAUGGGGGGGACGGUUCAGGUUCAGGGGGCACUGUUGGAGGCUCUGGCAGUGCGGAGUCGAACAGGCGAAGGCUUUUGGGUGCUGAGUCGGUGUCUUUUGAGACGUCUCACGAGUCAGGGGGCGGUAUUGGGGGGUCUGGCAGUGGUGUGCUGAACAGGAGACAGCUUUUGGGUGCUGACUUGGCGCUGACGUGGCAACAGCUGGCGGAGUUGCAGGAGGAAGAGGCGGCUCGGAAGGCCGGGGCGUCGAAGCGGAGAGAUGACCGGCUGUGUGCUCGACUAAGGCUGGCGGAGUUAUACUGGCUGUCACGGGCGCAGGCCGUGUUCAGUCUGUACCGCAGCACAGCAGCCGACUUCAUCCGCGCCCAGAUGGCCUUCCGCCUCCACCACGCUUCCACCUCCUCCUCCUCCACCUCCACCACCACCUCCACCACAAGUGGGGAGGGCGGGAGCGUGGAUGAUACAAGUGCCACCAGCGCUGCUGCUGACGCUAGUGCUGCUGCUGGUGGAGGGUCGGGUGAUGAGCUGAGUGUGUGUCAAGCGCCCCCUGUGCCGCCUGUCAUCAAGAGCCGUGCCGCUCGCCACAUGAUCGUGGAUGGUGAGUCCCUCUGCCCUUCGGCUGCUCCUCUGCUGCUCCCAUGCUUCUGGUUCCCUCUUGCUCCCUUGUUAUCUCCCCCACAUCCCCUUCCCUUGUUCCCUCCCCCAUAUUCCCCCUCUUUUUUUCUCGUUCCUCUCUCCCUCGGCGUUUCCUCAGAGCGCCUGAAGGCCAUGUACUGCUACAUCCCCAAGGUGGCGUGUACGAGCUGGAAGCUGUGGUUCCAGCAGCAGCGCGGCCGCACCACCCCCGAUGACAUAGAGCAUGUGCACGAUGCUGACACCAGUGGCCUGGACCAGCUCUGGCACGCGUUCAUGGAGAGUGAGGCCAUCCGCGUACUCACCCGGCCGGACAUGUUCCGCUUCACCUUUGUGCGCAACCCCUUCUCCCGCGUGGCCUCUGCUUACCUCAACAAGCACGUUGCCUGGGCCGACCCCAAGGACCGCCUGCAGUGGAACAAGAGAUUCUUCGCAUGGAAGGGCGCCAGGCUGCUGCAGAUCGCACCAGAGGGUGCGGAUUACAACAUGACAUUCGCCACGUUCAUCACGCUCGCCCUCGCCACUGUCAGCAAGCACCGUGCCGACAUGGAGCCCCACAUUGCACCCCAGGCGGACGUGUGUGACCUCGAGAGCAUCAAGUACGACUAUGUGGGGAGAUUCGAGCAGCUGCAGGAGGGCGUGGAGUAUGUGAUGAACCACCUUGGCACUUCGCCCUUGCAAGCCUUUGGGGUGGGCAAGGAGGCUCAUCGAACCGAUGCUGAUGUGCGCCAGCGGGAAAUGUACACCAAGGAAAUAUACGAGAUGGUGAAGGGGCUGUAUGCGUCAGACUUCAGCAUCCCUCUUAAUGGAGAAGAGCAAGAAGCAGCUGCUGGCAAAUAUGCUCCCCCUGCGGAGGAAAACGGCACCUUUGAUGGCGGAGCGAAGCUUCCUCCUCCCUCACAGAUGGGGUCCGAGGAGUCGAUUUUGCUAAGGGAAUGGAGGAGGAAGAAGGCCAUCGAGCUUGAGGAGAAGGCUCGUAUUUCAAGAGAGAAGCAUCAACAGGUGCUGGAGGACUCGAAAGCCGAGCUUGAAGCAUUUUACAAGAAGCGUGAGAUGCAAGUCACACAGGCCAAGACGAACAACAGGGAGAAGGAGAAGGCAUACGUGGACAACCUCUUGAGCCUCAACUCUAAGCAGGGUGGGAACUACUGGGAGAGUGUGUGUGCGUUCACAAACUUUGACGUAUCCAUUAAGAAGGAGAAGGCGAAGAAGAAGGAUGAGCCGACUCGCAUGUCAACUCAGCUUAACGAUGCUAAACCGGGCAAGCAUACCGAUCUAGCCCGCAUGCGCCAGGUAUUGCUGAAGCUGAAGCACAAUCCUCCUCCAUCCUUUGCGGCUGCUGCCACUACCGCUGAUGCUCCCGCUGCUGCUACAACCACAUCUUCCAAGUCAUCGAAGUCCAAGGCAGCUGUAAAGUAG